AUAUGAAAACUCAAUCUCAUAAUUUAAGAUUCAUGGUUAUUACUAUUCUCCUGUUGACUUUUUUACCAACAGGAUUUACACAAAAUGUAAUAGAAUAUUCAUACUUUACUUAUCAAGAAAAACCCAGUAUAUAUGAUAAUCUUACCGAAGCCCAACCUCAAAUUUUAGGAAUUAAACAUUAUAGUGAUAAUUCAGGCACAGCAAUUGUUCGCGUCGCUCGGAUGAAUUACUUCAAUUAUUUCACCUUUAAUUAUUGUUAUGAGCAGAGGUUAUUACUUCGUGUUAUUCAAGCAAAUGGAAGUGUUAUCGAAAUAAAUUAUAUUAAUGCUACCGAAAUACAAGAUAUCAAUUAUUGUAUGGUUGAAAGUGGUCUAAAAAAUCCCAUAAACUUUUACCCGUUAUUUGACCAAUACAUUUUAGUAACAUAUACUCAUGCAACUAAUACCUCUGACAAUACAACUUAUACGGACCGUGGGAUGGUUUUUGAUUGGAGUGGAAAUGUUAUAAGCAAACUCGAUUUUGGACAAUCUUACUUGUCCCAAGGCACAAUUUGGAUUCCGAAUGAAAAUAUAGUUAAUAAUAUUACUCCCCAAAAAGGUUUCUUACGUUUAUCUGCGACAACUGUUAAUAGAAUAGAUUCUUGGAAAUGGGCCCAAUAUCAACACAAUGGAAAUGGAAUGUUCUCUUUAUUACAGAAUGACACAGUUUUGAGUGUUUUGAAUGCAGUCACCAGCGUUCAAGUUACCGUAUUUGCAACUCUAAAUGAUGGAUAUGCAAUUGUAUAUGCUAACACGACCAAUAGCUUUCAAACUUCUGAUCCGUUAUCCGCUCUAAUUACCGCAAAAGCAGGAAUCUACGCAAUAUUAUUAGGUUAUAAUCAAACAAGAACCAGCCAAAGAACUAUUUUAUAUGAAAUGAUUACUUCUAAUCUAACAUUCGCAAACGUGUAUUGUUCUGUCGAUUACGCUUUCACCGGUCAUACAUGCAUUAUAUCCGUACAACAUAGAAUUUUUAUCCCAACUGUCAACGUUACUUAUUCUAAUGUAACCACAACUACACUUGUUGGCGCAACUACAACUGCUGUCGUACAGGUUAUCCCUCCAGUUAAUGUCACCAUAGUUAACAACACUGCACCGCCUAAUAUAACUACAGAAACUUUUUAUAUUAAAAUACGUUUUCUUUCCACCGGAUCUGUGAUAUCAUUGGAUCCAAUAAUACCACCAAACAAAGGGUAUUUAGCGAAUUUCAGAACACUACCUUUCGGAGGAUAUGCAUUAAUAAGCCGUGCAUAUUAUGGAAUCUACUGCACUAAUUACACCUUAUAUAUUUAUGAUGAGAAUGACAAUUAUAAUUCUCAACUGAAACAAAUUAUUGCAAAUUUUGAUGGCGCAUUUGAUAUAUUACAAAAUAAUACGAAUCUAGUGGCACUAAAUGGAACGACUACUUCUUGGAAAAUUCUUUCAAUCGUUCUGCCACAGAAUAAUAAUAGUGGUUAUGGUAAUAUACAUGUGAGCGCAACGUACCCUCCAAUGAACGCCACGGAUCUACCUUUGAAUACAAAUAAGAUUAAUAUCACGUUCAAUGAACCUAUUUCGUUUUCAGAAGCUAGUUUAACUAUUUACCAAAAAAUUGACCAAACUGAUAUUGUUCGACAGUUUAUUAAUUCAAGUGUUUGUAGUAUUAGUAACGGAUGUAUUAUUUCAGGAGUAGUCCUAACAAUUAAAGUGCUUAAUUGCACAUUUAAUGAUCCAGGUGGUCAUUAUUAUAUACAGAUGGAUAAUAAUUUUGUAAAGAAUGACGAAUAUAGCGAGCCCUUACUUGGAAUUGAUCCAAAUACAUGGAGUUUCCAAACAGGAGAUAUUCGAGGAAUGCUACGAUUAACGGAUUUUGGGUCUCAAUAUUUUCAAAGACUGAACGACUCAGAAAAUCACGACUUCUUCGUCACAUUAAUAAACGAACUCACACUUAUGAUUCCUAUCGAGAGCGGUAGAUUAGGAUCAAAUAAGUAUUAUCAACUUAGUACAACUAACGUUCUUAUCCCAUUAUUUAUUCGUGAGACAAAAGAUGAUGAAAGAUUAACUGCCGCAGAUGUAAAGGAUAAUUUACACCAAUUAAUACUAAAUAAAGCAGUUACCGGUAUAUCAAGGGGAAAUGUUACAAAGUUCUUAGACGAUACUUACGGAUUUCAACAAGCUGCAACCUAUGCUAUUUACAAAGGAACUAAAGAUCCCGCUAUUGGAGAAAAUUUUCAAGAAUGGAUCAUUGAAUACAGAGGUUUAGUGAUUAUGUUUAUUAUUUUAAUAGCAACUGAUUAUGAGUAUUUGACGAUUUUGGAAGAUAAACAUUCCACAGAUUAUUAUUUUAGCAGUGAGUAA